ACAGGACAGGACGGGACAGAGCGGUGCUGUGAGGAGCCCCCGCACAGCGCACUCGUUCCUGCCUGACCUGGAGCUUUUCUGAGGCCUUGUUCCUGCAGCUGACCUCGAGGCCAGAGCACAGGACCUGGUGACCUGUGGCCUUCCGAGGCUUCUGUUUGGCAGUGCCCUCGAGGGCAGAGCGUGGGACUUGGUGCCCUGAGCUUUUCCAAGUCAGCUGUCCUGCUACUAACUCCAGUCAUUGACAUGGAGCAGAGACCACCGAGUGUGCCCAAGCUGGCCUGGGUUGAGGAGGACGAAGGCGGCCCUGGAGCUGCCCCAGGACAGGAGACUGAAGAGGUGGUGCCAUUCCAUCCACCACAGGAGGAUGCAGCCGUGGAGCGCACACAGGAGCAGCAAUCCAGCCGUGGCCGCUUCCGCAGAACAGCGCAGCUCGUUUGCGACUUCAUCAAGAGUGUUCGGCAGGAAGAGGCCAGGGCUAUGGGCGCUGGGCUCAGGGCACACUCAGAGGUCCUCAAAUAUGAGACCAGUGCCGUCCUGCUAGAUUUGCUUGUGGAGAACGGUGCUUCCAAGCCAGAGCAAGUGCCCGCCAUGGUGAGGUACAUCCACCAGUGGCUCCUGGCCAAUGAUUCCGCCGAGCACAGGCUGGACAAGACCCUGCUGAAUCUCACCAAAGCACACCCGGAUGAUGCAGUAAUGACGCUCCUGCGUGUGGCCCCGUCCUGUGACAGAGCUGCUUGGACCAUGUGGAAAACCAUCAUGGGCUCAAGCAGGACUGCGGAGCUGGCACAGCUGGUACUCCUGGAUGUGCUGGGGAACUGGCCGGAGCACAGCACGUGCACCUCCGAUGGGGACAAAACGGGUGUCUUUGCCCUGGCUGCAACUCUGAUGAUGUGGAAGAUCCUCCAGGUGCGCUGUGUCCCCCGUAUAAUGAAGGUGUAUUUCCCACGCCUAUUUGUGCACCUGCUCUUCCAAGUGUUCUUCAGCACUCUGGAUAUGCCAGAGAAGGUGGAUACCUUCUGGAAGGGAUGCCAGGAAGAACACGGCCUUGCCACCAGCCCCAACAGGUUUGCAGUGCGGACCCUGAAGUCCCUGCUCUGCCAAAGGCAGUACAAGGAUGUGGUGGUGGCAAUGGAACGCAGGGGUGUCUGGAACACACUGCUGUGUGAUGAUACCCGCCACUAUGCCGUGGGUCUGCUGGCCAGGGAGAUGCGCCAUGCUCGUCUUGAAUUGUGUUCCAGUAUUGCACUCCACCUCCUCCAGCUGCUCAGCAGGGAGGAGCCACGCUGGGAUCUGGCCGCCCUGGCGUUCAUUGUGGAGGUCCUCGAGUGCCUGGAUUACAGUGAAUGUGCUGACAGUGUUGUGGAGGUCUCGUCAAGGUACCUGCAGAGCGAGUGCAGGGAGAGGCGUUGCCUGGCACUCAGGGCCCUUCUCGAGCUCAUUCACAAUCCCUCGAUGGCUGACAAAAUGUGGAGGCUGACUGAAAGCCUCAUGGAUCUACUGUGGGACAAUGAUGCAGAGAUAGCUGGGAUGACACUUGUCGCACUCAGCUUUAUAUUCUGGCGCAAAUACAGUCUGAUGUCAAGCCCUAUUGUCCUGCAGCUGGCUGAGGCACUCCUGCCACUCUUUGACCAUGAUAAUAGCCAGGUACAGCUGCUCUCCAUAAAACUUUUCCGAGACAUGAUGGAGGUUUUGGAAGAGAGAGAAAAACCUUUGGAAAGGGUUGUGCAUCAGAGUCUGCUGCCACUCUUCUUCCACUGCCAUGAUGAGAGUCAGCAUGUGGCAGAGGCUUCUCUGGAAACGCUGCUUUGUGCGGCCAGGUUCCUGAAGAGGAGAGAUAUCAAAAAGCUGGUGAAGGAGGAGAAACUGUGGAAGUUCAGCAAGUGUUUGGUGCAGGAAUUAGGUGGGUCCCAGCCAAAAACGUCAAACUGUAUCACACCCCAGAACGUGCUGAUGAGUCCAGAACCAAGGAAGCAAGUACGCAGACGUGAGCCGAGCAGAGGGAUCCCGGAUCACGCCUGACAUUCCUUGUUCAUCGGUGGAACCUGCAAACUCUGAUUUUGUGUUAAUGUUAUUUAUAAGUGUGUCAAUUGUAUGCCAAAUGUUUGUUUUGUAGAGCUGACUUUUGGCAAAAGUUUUGGUUUUUGCUUUUGUUGAAAACAAAAUUUUAAAAAUUGAUAUAUAUGUAAAGAUACUGCCAAAACGUGGCUCAUGGAUAAGAUGAAGAAAAUGCAAGGUGUGUUGGUAUUGGUGAGUUUUAAUUGUCUUUUGUUGUGGAGAUUUGCCUGUGGAACAAACAAAAACAAAUGUUUGGGUGACCUUGGCCAAGGCAGUCGGCUCAGAUACCAUAUGUUUGUCUAAUUCAGAACCAGAAAAACCUUUCUCAUCCUGUUUGGUUGGUGUGCCAGUAAAAGAGUUGCCUUUGGUCAAAAAACAAUCCAAUGGUAAGCCAGGUGAAAUUGACAAUGGAAACAAUCCCACAUUGAAUUGGAAUGUUUGGGCCAAAAAACUUCCCAGGGCAGCCUCUGAACCCCAAGAUUUGGAAAUCCUUGGUUCUUUAACAAUGGAUUUUUGCUUUACCUUCAUAGCUAGUGCUUGGUGAAAAGGUGAUCCCCCAAAGUUUAAUGUUACUCCCCAUUAUUUUGCAUACAGAAAUUUAAGGUUUUGGUUUAAUUUUUCAAAGAGUUGGGAUGUGCUUCCUGAGGCUGAGCUAUAUCCAGGGCAAUUGCCUAAGGGAUAUUGGUUCAUUUGUGGAGGCAGGGCUUGGCAAGGCAUUCGAGCAGACCUUGAAGGUGGCCCAUGUAGCAUUGGGAUCCUCACUGUAGUCGCACCCUCUGCUAAAGCGGUCAUGAAAAGGAAACAAAGGAAAACAAGAUCUGCUCAUCAUUACGAUGAGAACUGUCAGAGUGACUUCAUGCCUUGGAAAGCUGCAAGAAGGGUUUCAGCGGGUAUAGUUUUAUCCCAAUUGGCUUCAGCAGUGGCUUUGAAAGAAUUAGAUUGAGUUGGAUGUUGGCUAAGCAAGCAAACUAAUGCCACAUCCUCUGCCAUUAGUGAUAGGUUAAGGGAUGUUGAUAGUGUUAGACAUGCUAACCUUCAAAAUAAAGCAGCAAUUGACUUUCUUUUACUGGCACAAGGGCAUGGUUAUGAGGAAUUUGAAGGACUGUGUUGUAUGAACCUGUCCGAUCAUUUGGAAUACAAAAACUGAAAGAUUUGACAGCCCAAAUUAAAGAGGAUGGUAGAUCCUGAUUGGAUGAUCUGUUCCAAGAAUAGAGCUUUACACCUUAGCUAAGGCAACUUUGCAAGAUAGGUCUCUAUAUAUUGGGUGUUUUGGUAAUGAUGUUGAUAGUAAUCCCCUACAUACUUCAGUGAGUGCGACAGAUGAUGAACAAAACAGUCAGGGAAGUUUUGGCAUACAAGAGAGGGAAGUAGGAAGUAGAAGCAGAGAAAGUGUUCGAAAUCUCACAGAAAUGACAAAUGACGGUAUAGAAAUGGAAGAUGGUUUUGACAUAAGACCCUAAAACAGACAAGAGUUUUUUGAACAAUGACUUAUAAGUAUUGUCAGACGUGAUUCAUAUCUUUUCACUGACUGGGCCUUCACAGCAUUAAAUUGCUGUGCUGUAACAUAGCAAUGAUUAGUGUCCACAAGAACAAGUCUCAAGCAGAAAGUAAACAAAAGUAUUAUAGUAGAGCAAGUAGUGGACAACACGAUUUUGAAGAUUUCUUUUUGAGUCAACAGAGAGGGGGAAUUGUGGGAAUCCAUGGGAUUAGAGGAUUUUAGGAAAGCUGGGAAAAAGAAAGGCCUCAGAGCCAGUAAGGAGAGUGAAAUGCUAAAGCAGCAGAAAAGAUAUAUUGGCAGAAGCAAAGACAUGAGAAAUAGAGCAAUAAAGCUGUGUAGUUUAGCUUUCUAAGUUGCAAAAAGUAUAUUUUAGUAAAUAUUUAGAAGGUUAAAUAUGAAUGGGGCUCUAUGCUUUGUCUUUUAUAAACGAAUCAUUGUAUGAGAGAAAAAGCUGCUAUUGUUUUCACCAAAGCUACGUGUGCUUCAUGUGGUUGGAUAGAACUACUGUCAAUAUGCUUUUGCUCUAUGUAAUUGGCUGAAACUGGGUCUGAAACCGUCUUAUAAUCUGUUGCAACAUUAAGUUUCCUCGGCCUGCUGUCUGGAUAGCGAGCUGCUUGCAUCCAUCCAUUGCCACAGCCAUGUAAUGGGUCUGAUGCUUCUGAAAUAAACAGCUCACGACGCUAUU